GGAGGCGGCGGUGAGCCCGGACAUGGGUGUUUCUCUCCGGGAAGCGCUGCCCCGUGGCCUGUUGGUACCUGUGGACAGGCGCCCUUUGGAAAGUACCUUUUUCUCAUGAACGGCUCUAGCUCCUUGCCCUGGGCUCUCGCCAUGGACACUAUGAAAACCACCUACAUCGUGCUGGAACUGAUCAUCGCUGUGCUGUCUAUCGCUGGCAACGUCCUGGUGUGCUGGGCUGUGGCCAUCAACAGUACCUUGAAGAACGCAACCAACUAUUUCCUGGUGUCCCUGGCAGUGGCCGACAUCGCCGUGGGUUUGUUGGCCAUCCCUUUUGCCAUCACCAUCAGCAUCGGCUUCCAGGUGGAUUUUCACAGCUGCCUCUUCUUCGCCUGCUUCGUGCUGGUGCUGACCCAAAGCUCCAUUUUCAGCUUGCUGGCGGUGGCCAUCGACAGGUACCUGGCUAUUAAGAUCCCACUGAGGUAUAAUAGUCUAGUGACUGGGAAGCGGGCAAGAGGACUCAUCGCUGUGCUGUGGGUCCUGUCCUUUGGAAUUGGACUGACUCCGCUUAUGGGUUGGAAUAAAGCCAUGAGUGGGUGUCCCAACUCCACCAACGAGACAGGGGCUGCCACUGGGAAGGAACACCAUGGCUGCUUCAUCUCAUGCCUCUUUGAGAAUGUGGUAACUAUGAGCUACAUGGUGUACUUCAACUUCUUCGGUUGUGUGCUGCUUCCACUCGUGAUCAUGCUUGGAAUCUACAUUAAGAUAUUCAUGGUCGCCUGCAAACAGCUGCAUCAGAUCGAACUGAUGGGCAACUCCAGGACCACACUACAGAAGGAGGUCCAUGCAGCCAAGUCUCUGGCCAUCAUUGUAGGACUUUUUGCUUUCUGUUGGCUGCCCCUGCAUAUCUUGAACUGCAUCACUCUCUUCCAUGAGGACUUCUCCAGAUCCAAGCCUGAGUGGGUGAUGUAUAUGGCUAUCAUCCUCUCCCAUGCCAACUCUGUCAUCAAUCCCAUCAUCUACGCCUACAGGAUCAGGGACUUCCGCUACACAUUCCGCAAGAUCCUUUCCAAGAUCCUCUGUAAGGCAGAUGACUUCCCCAAGUGCUCCACUGACAACAACCAGCACCUGACUGUCUGCAAUAUUAACUCUCCAACAGCCUCUGUGACCGUAUGACCUUGCAUGCCCUGCCCCUAGGAUUUUGCAGUUUGUCCCUGACACUACCCUUCCUCGUGCCUAUGUGAACAGCUAACUCCUAGAGGAGCACUCGGAGAUGACCACUGUGCAGUUAUGCAGCUGUAUUUUUUAUUUUUUUUAUUAACAUAGUGCCUCCUAGAGGAAUAACCUGACUGGGGAGACUGCGUGCAGCUCACCCUCUACUGUAACCCAGGUGGCAUGAAUGCUGGUGAUCUUAUCGUAUUUCUUUUCCAGGUCAAACACUGACUAUGGAAGACCCACCUGCUGGGGGUGUUUCCCCAAUUGUGCUGCUCAUGUCAAGUCCUAGGAUCUUUAUUUUUAUUAUGAUUAUUUUUUUAAUCUUUUUGAUUCACUUAGUAAUAAUUUUGUGUCUGUUUUUGGGUUGUUCUUUAAGUCCAUAUUUGACAGCACUUUGGUAAUACCCUAAUUAUUCCAUCAAUUGUUUGAUGCAGCUAGUAUUCUCUGAUGGGAAAAAGUCUUACUUAGACCACUUGCUGGUGUGAAACUGAAUCUGUGUUUCCAGGCUCUGAGGGAACUGAUUGUGUUAAUGGGAAAACAAGAUCAUUAACUGGCCAUGUAUUUUUGGCCCCAGUACGGAAGCCCUACUUACUAAAUGCUAAAAUUUUAGAAAAGGGUUGACUGAAGUCACAAACAAUAGCAGUCUUAUUGUCUUUAAAUCACUUUGUUCUACAGGAUUUACUAAGUUCUUCAGACCAAUGCUUCAGGUUUGAUAUCAAAUCUGAUUUCUGUUAUCAAAAUUCAAAAGGCAGAAGCAUCCCAGUAGUCACAGAUAGUCUGAUCCAAAGUCUCUGAGGUUAACGGAAACACUCCCUUGGUGACAUGAUCUCCACAACUUGAUAGACUUGCACUGUUUCCCAAAGGGCAGGUUUUCAGCUGUGAUAACUUGCCUGAUUCCUAAAACUUGGUCUUGCUGGGGUUGGGGUCUAUCCCAGUAAGCCUCAGAAGUUAUGAGUGCUCUUUUUCUAGUAGUGAUGAGGUUUUAUCCUGACCUACAUCAGCAACAAAAGACACUGGAAGGGAGCUGUUUUGCUUGAGAAACUAGAAUGCCUUGACCAGCGAGCUGAUCUUGGCUGAGCUCUUUGGGGAGUAAAUUCACAGCAUAGAUUUUUCUAGCCUCGACUCUGUGGCUAGCUGCAGAGUCCUGGCCUUUUAAAAGAACAAGCCCACUCAACAGCAGAGUGGUCUUAAUUUGUACUGCAAGUUAGUAAGUCUCCACAGGCCACAGCUCAGUUUUUAAUUACUGCACCUGAUUUACUAUGUAACUGUGGUAUACAAAACUAUACGAAGGUAGAAAGAACAGUGCAAUAUUUUCCAAAGUACUAGCUCCACUCUCCAAAUUGUGUGAAGACGUGCACUGGUGUAAAUGAACCAAUGUUUCUGGUAUGUCCUUUAGCAGGGCAGUUCAUUCCACAACUGAGAGGAAUGGGGUGAGGGAAGGGAGUCAGAAAAACAUCAGGCUCCCUCCUUCACGCCCAAAAGCUGAUUUUAGUACAGAGGCAUGUCUGUGCUUGACUGAUAAGACUAAGAGACGAAGCAUACCAUGUUACUGCUCCAGCCAUAAAGUGGUUGUGGAAGGAAAAGCAUCUUGUUAAAGGACAGAUCAGAAACUAGAUCAGAGCUGCUAUGGUGUUGUAGCCUACUUACAAACCAGGAGUCUUACCUGAUGGAUCUUGAGUGGCAGAAAAGUGGUAGUAUUUCUCUCUGUAGCACUCAGUGCCAAAAGGAGCAUCACUAUGAUCGAUGGGAAGCUGGAGUGCAAGGAUGGGUAUUUAAUACGGUUUUCAGUGGUAACCCGUAACACUGGCUUUCCUAAUCCAUGCCAGCAGAGAUAGGAAGCAGUCCUUUUAGAGUCAGGUUGCAGGGAAGGAAAUUAAAACACAUCCAGUUCCUGAAGGAUAGGCCCAGUGGACAGACUGUGAUGCCUGGAGCAAUUUGUCUCUGAUAAAUUGUACUUGAACUAUACAGAUAACAGCUUUUUAUUUUUUUAACUGCAUUGCACUAUGAGGGUGGUGCAACAUAACACCUGCUUCCACAGUUUCACUUCUCUGGAAUAUAUAGAUGACAAAUAUCCUGUAAAGUCAACUGAAAGACAGCUCUGAAAAUCUGAUCUGAACAAGUUCUGCUACAGCAGCAUCUGCUCUGCCAGCUGGUGUGAUCUGCAAGGAGCAGCUGCAGGUGUGAUUUAGGGCCCAGCACGCACACAGAGGCCAGUUCACUAGGAAGUGAUGAACGUAACCGCCUUGUAUAUAGCAGCUCAACAGUUAGACAGAGCCAGACCCAAACCUUGGUGAAUCACCAGGAAGCUCUGAAUGGCAUUGUAGAUGCUUAUGCUAUGUCCAAAUUUGGCCACAGCUGGUUUGGGUAUCUCAGAUACUGGCAUUUCCAAAAAGAAUCUAAAUAGUUAAAGUUACUGUCCCAAGUGUUUCUCCUUUAACAUCCCCAUUCAGCUUUGCUGCAUCUGCCUUGUUGAUGGUCCAGCUAACAGAUGUAUCUACCUCCUGCCAUUUGAGCAGGGUUUGGCUCUCUCCCUACUUCAUUCCUUCCCUUCUGUAUUAUCUUUGGCUGUGUUCCUUCUGUUAAUCAUGGCUGGAAACAACCAGGGUUUCACCUGCAGGUCUGGCAGUGCUGCAAAGUGGUUGCAAGCCACAUUUAUCCUUACAAUAAAAAAUGUAAUCCCUCCCCUCCUGUUGUCUGAAAAUGAACCAAAAUCCAGACAGCACAAAACAGACUGAAACACACAGUACUGCAAUACAGAGCAAGAGCCGGUCCCAGAACAGUUGCCUGUACGUGACAGCUUGCACUGCAGAUCAGCAUCCACUACAGCUACCUUUCAUAUGCCUCUUAUGAGCCAGAAUUCCUGCAGACAGAUGUGUUGUUUCCUUAGUAUUAAUAUGCCCUUGGGCUAUUAGCCAUUAUUAACUAUGGCCCAGGUCACUGUGAUAUUUAGGCACGUAAGUGCCUUCAUGGAUCUGAGCCUAAGUCAUUUGAAGGCAAAAUAAAAAUAGAACCGCCUCCAACACAAACACAAAAAUAACCUCUGAAAGUUUCUAUAAAAAUGUGAAGUGAAAAUGGCUGAGGAACUUUCUGUGGGGACUGCAGCUGUAAAUGCUCAGCUAUCACUCACUACUGCUCUGAU